UUUUCGUUUGUUUCAAGCUGUAACAAGCUUUUCCAUUGUGAUCAAUUGCACUUCUCAAUAAAUUAUCCAAUAAAAUACCUUAGUUUUCUCCGUUUUGCUCAUAUAUAACCAAAAAUACGAAGAUGAAUAUGUCAUCAUUGGACUGGAUGGACGAAAUGAACAAGAUGAUGGCCACAUUUGAUCGCCAAGCAACACAGUCAUUGCGCACAAUGAGAAUGGCUUUUAAACUGAAUGGUUUGACAAUGCCGGCUGAUUUCAGGAACAUAUUUUUGCGUGUAUCGAACAAUCGAUUGAUGGAAACAUACGACAAAUUUGAAAUCUACUGUUUGGUGGAAGAUGCAAACGAUGUCAAUGUCGCAUCUCAAUUUCAUUUCGGUAGUAAUUACACAGAUCGUGUUGAUUCCUUCUCAAAUCCAUCGGCCGAAGGUCCACGUUCAUUUGACCAAUUAUAUUCAUCUAUUAAUCUUGGAGGAGGAAGAUAUGAUCUACCCAGCACUGUGACAUCGAAUCAAGCAAGCGCCAACAAUUGGGUGAUUGGAUCGACAGAAAUUAAAAGCCCGAAGAUGGGUGAACAUAAUUCGAUCGAAAUCAUCGACUUAAGCGACGAAGAAAGCAAUGAAAACAAUGUGAUUGGCAUUCAAAACAAUCCACAAAAUGGUGUAAAUAACUAUGGUCCCGAGAACGAUCAAAGAGAUGUGCACCGGUAUGAAGCCAUUUCCAACGAUAAGGGGAAAGGAAUUGGUAAUAACAAAUCAAAGAGCACAAUGAAUCGUGGUGCCAAUGGAAACCACAAUUCACAAUCUUCGACCACUGGUUCAAACACUCACCGCCGAAAAGAUGUUUCGAUACAUUCACGCCCGAACAAAGUAAAACGAUUCCAGUGUCAGAUUUGUGAAUAUAGCAGUGAUUAUAAUGGCAAUUUUCAAAAUCAUGUGCGUACUCACACCGGUGAAAAACCUUAUCGAUGUGAUUGUUGUCUCAAAUGCUUUACACAAAGAUCCCAUCUAAAAUUACACAUGAAGGUUCAUGCAAUCGAGUUCGAAUUUCAUUGCUUCAAAUGCUUCCGUGGAUUUUCAACGCAAAUUGAUAAAGACGAACAUGAAAAUGUUUGCUCCAGACGCUUAUACGAAUGUCAUAUUUGCAAGAAAUUUACUGAUGCUCGUAAAAUCAAUAUGAUAACACAUGUGCGGACACAUACUGGUGAUAAACCAUUUCGUUGCGAAAUUUGCUUGAAACAGUUUACAGUAAAGACAAGUCUGAAAAGGCAUUUGGAUACAGUUCACGGCUGAAAAAAACAUCUUUGAAUGACUUAUCACAGCGAUGUAAAUCAAACAACAAAUGAAGAUUCAUAUACAUUUCCUAAUAAAUGUUUUCUUCUUCAAACUUUCAACAUUUUCGCUUAAA